UUUCUUAUUUAUAUUCUUCCUAUUCAAUAUUCACUCGCCUUGCCUUAAACGAUUCGUCUAAUAUAGUAUAAACUAUGUCUUAUUUUUUUUCUUAAAAUUAGUAUGCUGUUGAGUGAGUUUUGGUUCCUCCUUUUUCGUUCUGGUUUUCACUUUUGUUGUUGUUUCAGUUGCAGAAACAAACAAAGGAGGCUUCAUUCCAUCUUUUUCUAUAUAUAUAUACCGUCCCUUAUGUAUGUUUCUGUAUGAUUUGUGAAGUGGGGUUUUGAUGUUUCUGGCUUUGGAAAAAAUGGAGAAGUGGUGUUUUCUUGUUGUACUCUUUGUUCUGAUGUUUGGUCCGUGGGUUAAUGGAGGAAUGGCCAUGGCUUACAGAAGCCAAGAUGGAACAGAGGAGUGGGGAUAUGUAGAAGUCAGACCCAAAGCACACAUGUUUUGGUGGCUUUAUAGAAGUCCGUACAGAGUGGAAAGCCCCUCCAAGCCAUGGCCAAUAAUUCUUUGGUUGCAGGGAGGACCCGGUGCUUCAGGAGUUGGCAUUGGGAAUUUUCAAGAGAUUGGGCCGCUUGGAACAGAUUUGAAGCCCAGAAAUUCUACAUGGUUGAGAAAAGCAGAUCUGUUGUUUGUGGAUAACCCGGUUGGAACAGGAUACAGCUUUGUGGAGGAUACAAAGCUGUUGGUGAAGACUGAUGUAGAGGCUGCAGUCGAUUUGACUACAUUGUUGAAGGAGAUUUUCAACAGGAAUGAGAGCCUCCAGCAGAGUCCUCUGUACAUAGUGGCAGAGUCUUAUGGAGGAAAAUUUGCUGUCACUCUUGGAUUAGCAGCUCUGGAAGCCAUAGAAGCAGGAAACUUGAAGCUUAAACUUGGAGGAGUAGCAUUGGGAGAUAGUUGGAUCUCCCCAGAAGAUUUUGUGUUCUCAUGGGGUCCUCUUCUCAAAGACGUGUCAAGGAUUGAUAACCAAGGCCUACAGAAAUCAAACAGGUCUAAUUUUCUCACUUCCUAUACCCCCACCCAAAAAAAAGGCUAUAAGAUUCGAAACCUUAAGUCGCCUAACAAAUUCAUUUCUGGGAUCAGUUUAGCUAGGAGGAUUAGGCAGCAGCUGAUUGAUGGUCAGUAUGUUGAUGCAACAAGUUCAUGGAGUGAACUGGAAGGUGUGAUCAGCCGAAGCAGUAAUUCUGUGGACUUCUACAAUUUCUUAUUGGAUUCCAACAUGGAUCUACUAUCCUUGACUUCUGUGGAGCUAAGGGAACAAUUUGCAAAGAGGAGAUAUUUGAGAUAUCUCGACUCCCUGAGGCUUUCUCCUGGUGGGGAUGUUGAUAUUGACACCUUGAUGAAUGGUAUCAUUAAAGAUAAGCUAAGGAUUAUUCCCAAGAACGUAAGUUGGGGAGGGCAGUCUGAUCUUGUUUUCGGUACUCUCUCAGGUGACUUCAUGAAACCAAGGAUUAAAGAGGUUGAUGAGCUGCUAGCAAAAGGGGUGAAUGUGACCAUAUAUAAUGGACAACUUGAUCUCAUUUGUGCAACCAUGGGGACUGAAGCAUGGGUUGAGAAGCUCAAGUGGGAUGGGCUGAAGGAAUUUUUGAGCAUGAAGAGAACUCCUCUGUAUUGUGGGGGAGGGGGAGGCACAAAAGGGUUCACCAAGUCAUACAAGAAUCUGCAUUUCUACUGGAUACUUGGAGCUGGCCAUUUUGUACCAGUGGAUCAGCCCUGCAUUGCAUUGAACAUGGUUGGUGGCAUCACACACUCUCCAAUGGCUUCCAUCUCAUGACUCCAUCACUCCUCCAGGCUCCAUCUUCUUCUUUCACAAGUCACAGCUACACAACCCCCAUACGCAUCACUCCAAUAAUAUACCUAAUACCCCACUGGUAUAGUAGCAGCAAGAGAAGAAUACUACUAGCAUACUACCCCACUUUUUGACUUUCAUUGCAACUUCACUGUUCUUUUCAACCUCUUUUUCUUUCUUCACAUUCCUAAUAGUUUUCUUCUGCCUUUCAUUUAUUGCUCUCUGCCUCUUUUUAUUUAUUUAUUUAUUUUUGUUUGGGAUGAUGAUAAAUUGAUAAUAAAUUUUUCUAUUGCCCUAAUUUUCUUGAAGAAAUAUUAUAUUAUACUGUACAACAUCUUGACAACUCAAGCACCCAAUGAGCUGUCACAAUUAUUGUUGACGUAAUGUAACCACCAAAUAUUCAAUUUUAAUUCAGCAAUUCCAUA